UCUGGGAGCGUUCAGCAGUGUGCACUGCAGCAGCAGCGCUUGGCUGUGCUGCUAGAGACUAGCAGACUAACCACAGGAAAGUCGAUCUGAAUUAGACUAAAGGACAUUCCCAGCUGUGUCUGAAGAUGGCAUACUAAGAAGUGAAACCAUAAGUUUAUGAAGAAGAUAGUUUUUCUUGAAUGUAGGUGCUCAAAGGGUGAAGAGGAGUGUCACAUUCAGCCACCAUGUCGUCUUGUUUCUGUAUUAACUGGAUUCUUCUGGUGCUGUUUACAGGGCCCACGGUAUUGGCAUCACUUGUGAAAGGAAAGGUUGGUCAGGAUAUUACUGUGCCAUGCUUUUACAAUGUUAAGGGGACACAAGACAUCACAUCAAUGUGCUGGGGUCGUGACCACUGCCCUGUUUCAAAAUGUUAUCGGACCAUUAUCUGGACAGAUGGAUGGAAGGUGACAGAGCAGUACAACAGCAGGUAUAUGUUGAAAGGGGACCUGCAAAGCGGCGACGUGUCCCUCACGAUCGUGAGCGCCGAGGAGGCGGACAGUGGGAUAUACUGCUGCCGCGUGGAGAUCUCAGGGUGGUUCAAUGAUCAGACAAGUAAUCACAAGGUUGUGAUAGAGAGAGCUAGGAUCUCUACUGCAAGUCCUCACACUUACAUCUCUGAACAGACCACAGCUCAUGGGAGCACCAGUGAAUCAUCCUUUACUGUCACAAGAACAUGGCCAUUGAUCUCUGCUUCGGAAGCUCCUCAGACUGCCUAUGGUCCCUGUUCAAGCACCUCAGGCUGCUCGGAUGUAACCACAAACCUACAGAACGUGUCUGUAUCACUUUCUGGUCAACAAUAUUCAGAAAAUGGGCUGUACAUUGGGAUUGGUUUAUGUGCAGUACUUCUUGCCAUCCUUAUUUUGGCUCUGUUCCUCACUAGACAAUAUUUAUACAAUACAAAGAAGACGCGUGACUUUACAAACUUUAUUGCAUUUUGGAGGCCACAAGGUGCAGGGAACCAUAGUGCCCUGGAAGAUGAGAUCCAUGCAGAGGAAAACAUAUAUAUAAUACACUAAGGACUAUAUGCAUGCUUGCCUUUGUCAUCGCUGGGACAUUAAAUAGUUUGCAGAAUGUUAGCUGUUCCCUUUCCUCAGCAGCUAAAUGUGACUGGACUACUGAAGCAUUAUUCACAUCAUUCUAAUGAGACAAAUAAAAGCUACACUUUUAAUUAAAAUUUUUAUCAGCCUGUUCCAGAAACAGAAACUCUACUGGCUUGAAUGGAAAUUUCCAGAAUCCACUUAUCAAACCCUAAAGAAAGUUACCAUUAUGUUUAUUAUCUGCUUCAAAUUCUCUCUUCCUUUUUGGGGAAAAGGAGUAGCCAUUCUGGCAUUUCUUCACCACAAAAGGAAAAGCACCCAUAUUCUAAAAGAGUUUGGCUUUACCGUGUACCGUAUCUGCCAGCCACAAAAGAGUCCAUGUCAUCAGAGAGCAGAAACAAUCUCAUAGCUGCCCUGACAAAGAUGACACAUGGAAAAACUUAGUAGUAUUAGUAUUUCAGUAUACAUUUAGUUGAAUUUUCAUUAGAUGGGUAUACCCAGUCCUAAUAACAGCUCAGUAAUGCAAUGUACAUGCUCAACCCAUCAUGAGAUGUCCUUGGAGCCUACAGAAUCAAUGUGCAGAAUAUUCACAGCUUGUUUUCAGAGAACCAUGACUAAGUGCAUUUUCCUGUGCAAAAUAUAUCACCUAUUGUCUUUGUGGCUUUCUCCUCAGGCACGCCUAUGCCCUGAAAAGUCCUCAGGGUGGAAAGUCUCACUUUCAGGCCUCUAAAACAACUGAACAAAAAAUAACUACUUAAAAUAACUACUUUGUAAAGUUAAUUAAAUUCUCGCUUUUCUUACCUCGUGGAAAAGUCAUGGACAUUGCACAAAAUAUUGGCUGAAAGUUUGCUCUGCCUUUACACCCCUCUAGAUACUAAAGAAAUCUAAUGUCUUACGCUGAA